AUGGUGGCCAACAGUUUCAGAUCUCUCUUCCUUUUUGCCCUCCUCCUAGCAUGUAUGGCCAAAGCCCAAGUCACCCGGGCCAACAACACCAACCCAACGAAUCAGGCAUGCCCGGGCAGCAUCCCCAGCAUCCCCGGCCUCAGAAUUGACGGCAAGGACUGCAGGGUUCUCUGCCGUCCAGCCGAGUGGACCGACGUCCUUCUUUUCUUCGCGACCAACCACUUCGCCCAUGCGGCCACGACCAUCAGCAGGCCUGGACAGAGCACCGCGAGCACCAUUGCGAUGAUCCUGCAAGCGCUGACGAUUCCCUCCUUGGGUGUGCAUUUGGCCUUGAUGACCAUACUCCGAGGCAUAUCCAAGCCCCGGUGGGGCGGAAUAAGGAGCAGCAGCCUGCAGAAAGCGGCGGGCGCUGGCGCGCUCUUUGCAGUUGUCAAGGCCGGCGCUGGCCAGUCCCAGAAAGCGGGGAUGCCAGACGGGGAAGCAUCGAAGGAUGUGGAGAUGGGGGUGCUGCUGCCCGAGCCACCCGCAGGGCACGUCGGGGGCCGGGGCGGCCCGCUCCGUGCAAAAGAAGGUGAGUCUUGGCAACAAGUCUCGGGCUCGUUCGAUUCGCUCCUCUACAAUACCGUAGAUUCUGAUUACACCAGCCAAAACAACAAGUUUUCCUCCAAGAUCCACGGCAUUUGCGAGCUGCCUGAAGGAUACGACUUGGUAAUGGUGCAGCCAGACGCCGAGUUCGAAAAGGGCGAUGAGGAAACCAUCGCUCUCAGCUGCCACUUCAACGUCACAAAGGCCCUCGUCUCGAUACUGCAGCUUAUAUUCAGCGUCACUACCCUCUACCAGGCGCAGGGUAGCCAGCUUGAACGGUUCGGAUAUGCGGCGUAUGGGCUCAGUGUGGCGCCCUACGCCUGGAUGACGUUGCUCAACCUGCUCGCAAGCCUUGCGUGCCCUGAGUACGAUCGCACCUACAUCGUCGGUUCCCAGGGACUCGAUGACCUGGAGCGGCGUCUGGAAGCCGCAGGAUCAGAGGCCAAGAAGCGUUUCCAGGUGACGGGAGUCAUAUCGCGCCUCGGGCCGUCCGCCGACGAGCGCCUGCAAGUUUUUCAUAAGGAGAUGUGCGAGCAUCGCGGACCUUUCCUUGGGUCGAUUUCGGAGCUCCGUCUGUUCGGGUGGACGAUCCUCGUGGGUGCUGCUGUGCCACUCAUCGCGAUAAUUGGCAUCUCGCGGGCUCAGCCUGGACAAAGCAAUAUGGCGGAGCGCGCUCUGGUCAUGCUUUGGCUCGUAUAUGGCACGUUUUCAUUUAUAUGCACUGUAGACCCCGUUGGUGAGUUGGAAGGGAGGCCGAUAUUAGGACAGCGCAGGGGCAAAAUACUUCUUUCCAAGACCGUAGUGUCCGGGGUUUUGGUUUUCACCCUCACUGCGGCCAGCUUUCCGAUCUUAGCCGCAAUGAUUCUGGACUUUGGGGCUUGCAGGAGGAUGUGAUGGCGACACCUGCCAAAAUAAGGCGAGACGUGGGACCCGGAUGAAGCUACCUAGUAACGAAAUGAGUACCGACCGUCUGUGCCCA